UUUCUCUCUGAUGCUGACAGGAGGUGAGGCGCUCUUUCUCCCCCCCCUCCCUCGUCGUCAUCUCGGGGAAACCGGGACCAGAGGAAAGUGCAGAGAGACCAACGGACGGCCAAGAGACGCAUCCAGAAACCAAGACUGUGCGCAGUAAACGCUUCGAGAGACGCAGCAACUUCCAGCGGCAGCGUGCUCGGUGCGGUCUGCGCGGAGCUCUGGAGCUGCCGGGACCAGAGAGGUGGCUGUAAGCCUCCAUCCCUUUGCUCUUGGUCAAACAUGGAGUUCCCAGAUGAUUUCCUUCUGGCCGAGCUGGACCACCUGCAGCUUUACAAUGACUCACUCUUCCAGGACAACUUCACAGGGGCAUACAACGAGACUGACGCAUUACUGCCAACAGGGGUGAAAGUCACCAUCGUGGUCGUCUAUAUGAUCGUUUGCGUCAUUGGCCUGGUGGGAAACUUUCUGGUCAUGUAUGUCAUCAUAAGGUACACUAAGAUGAAGACGGCAACGAACAUCUACAUCUUUAACCUGGCUCUGGCUGACUCGCUGUUCCUGGCUACUUUACCUUUCCAGGGCACAGACGUCUUCCUGGGCUUCUGGCCUUUUGGGAACGCUUUGUGCAAGGCGGUGGUGUCAAUCGACUACUACAACAUGUUCACCAGCACCUUCACCCUGACAGUGAUGAGUAUGGACAGGUAUGUGGCCGUCUGCCACCCUGUCAAGGCGCUGGACAUGAGGACACCUCACAAGGCCAAGGUGGUGAAUAUCUGUGUGUGGGUGUUGGCGUCGGCCUUUGGUGUUCCAGCCAUGGUCAUGGGAAAUGUAGAGGAAGAACAGGAGCAUAACAGUGUUGAGUGCAUUGUGGUUUUACCUGAACCAAGGAGUCACUGGGAUCCUGUAUUUGGUACAUGCGUCUUCCUCUUCUCCUUCCUCAUCCCUGUGGCUAUAAUCAGCAUCUGCUACAGUUUGAUGGUCAAGCGCCUGCGCAGUGUUCGCAUCCUGUCUGGCUCCAAGGAGAAGGACCGCAACCUGCGACGGAUCACCAGGAUGGUCCUCGUGGUGGUGGCAGCAUUCGUCGUCUGUUGGACGCCCAUCCAGAUCAUGGUCCUGGCUCAGUCGUUGGGCUUCAACUUGAGUAGCUUGUUCACACUGGUCCUGAUGCACUUCUGCAUAGCCCUGGGUUAUGUCAACAGCAGCUUGAAUCCUGUGCUCUACGCAUUCCUGGAUGAAAACUUCAAGCGCUGCUUCCGUGAAUUCUGCCACCCAUCACCAUUCCAUCUUGACACCCAGCAGUCAGGCAGGAUGAGGAGCAUUGCCAGGGAGGUGGCGGCAGCCUACAGUUACAAGACUGGGGAUGGCGGGGGGCCGGGUGGAGGGAAGCCAAACCCCGCAUGACUAGGCGUGGAGCUCCCCUUGGUGGGGGUAGACCCCUCACAGAGGGGAGAAAACCAGGGGACAGGAAACUCUAACACAGAAUUAACUCAAAUUACAGCUCUCUAGCGGCACGAGCCCCCCCGUCCCCCAACCAGAAGACUCGCCUGGGGCGGGGGGGAGGGAGAUGAGGAGGAUGGGAUCGAAAGGAAAAGAAUUUAGGAAUAGUUUCCCUAGGGUGCUAAUAUAUGGAGGAAACUUACUGUUGAAGGAAGGGUUUGGGUAGGAUACAAUAUAGUUCCAGAUAUAAAAUCAGCUAAAGCUACUCUGGACCCGAAAUCCACUAAAAUCUACCGAAGUGGACGCUUAUGGAUCAAGUUGUCUUUUGGUAGGUGUUGACACAAAACAGCAUUUCUGAAAUUUCCAGCAGCCCUAAAAAAAAAAAGAGCCUCUUGAACAGACUCUGGAUCUGCUGACUUGGUCUGCUAACCAACUUCAAACAAACGCCUGACUCUGCUCAGGUCCAGUAUGACAAAGCAGGGGUUAGAGCGAGACAUAUAGAAAUAGACGGGGAUCAUUCGAAGUACCCACUGAUACCAAAUUUCUAAGACCAUCAUCUGUCAUGAAGGCACUUGUAUAAAGACUAAAAACAAAGUUGGAAGUAUGGAUUGUUGCUAUGGGGUGGUAUUGAAUACAGACUACAGAGCUGCCAAGAGUUAAGCUUUCCUGAAGUGGAUGAUCAACAGUGUCACUACCUUGUAUUGUAUAUUUAACAGUCAAUGUUUUGGUCUGAAAAAGUUUCCAUCAACAGUGGACAAAUACUGUGUGGUCUUUAUUGUGAUGGGCUCUUUAAAAUGGUACUUUGCAGCUGAGCCUCUUUAAUGACUAAAAUAGGUGCACAAAAUAUAAUGUGAUAUUAAAAAAAAAAA